AUGCCCGGCUCGCUGCAAAUUGUGAUAAAGAAGGUAAACAUACCAGCGACAGUGGAGAGCGGUGACGAGUACGUAAUACUGGAUUGCGACUACGAUUUGGCGGGCACGUCGCCGAAAGGCCUCGUGGUCAAAUGGUAUUUGAACAAUUACGAGCUCGUCUACCAAUGGAUUUACGGCAUACUGCCACAGGCCAGCGAUCUCAUCAUGAAGUACAUCGACCUGGAUUACAAAGCUAGCUCGGACAACAACACCAUGUACCGAGCCAUGAAGUUCGUUAGGCCGAGCAUCGAGCUGACGGGCAAUUAUACCUGUCAGAUAUCGACCUGGCAGCACGAAGUUACUCAAACUGCCUCCAUGAUCGUUUACUCUACGGGCCAAGAGGAUGAAUUUAAAUUGUGGCAUACAAAAACCAAUGGUGAAGAUGACGAUGGAAAAGAAGUUACGUGUCAAGCACUUGGACUUUAUCCGAAACCAACUCUUGACAUUCUCGUCGAGGGUCAUCCGGAAUUACAAUCAAAUAAGCCUAUCAUUACUGAAUCAAAUGAUGGGUACUUUAAUAUAGUUUCGUAUUUGACAUUCGAAAAAGACGAUGAGCUUCCAGAUUCAGUGUUUGUCACUUGCAUUCUAAGAAUACCGAAUGUCAAUUAUACAGCAACGAGAAAAAUAAUUCAUUAUCCGCAAGGAAGGCCCACUACCGCCGCCACCAUAGUAACCGUGAGUGACACGACGAAAUUACUCCGGCAAAUGGAAAUCCAGGCAUUAGACAAUUCGCAAGCCGACGCUAGCAGUGGUGGUGGCAAUUCGGCGAACCAUGUAAAAGAUGCAUUUCUAACAAUUUUGAUGACAACUGGUCUUAUGCUGUUUGGAAUUUAAGCUCGCAGAUAUGUAAGCAUUUUUGUACCUAGUAUCCAACAAGAGAAACAAAGCGAUGAACAGUACGAAUUCAAAGAUAAUCGAAGUAUCUAGUACAAAUCCAAACCAAGUCGAGUAGUUUGUAAAUAAAGUCAAAGGCGCUUGUGAAUAUGUAAUAAAAUGAGUAAAAAUAGAUUGGCAAUAAUUUAAAUGAUGAAAUCUCAACUGGAUAAAGAGCAUUCUGUACCUUUAAAAAAUUAGUGCACACGUCAAGCAUAUACUUAUUUUUGUGUAGACAAUGUAAUAUUUCAGUUAAUUAAAUUCAAUAGUAAUUCAGACUAUUGAAUGGUUGGGAAAAACUAGUCCAUGCAAAUUGAUGAAAUCACUAAAAUUAGACUCUCGUUUCAUAAUUGUUGCACAAUGUAUCGAAACUCCUCGACCUUCUAAAUUUAUUUAGAAAAAUACCUAGUUAUUGUAUAUAACGUAGUUUUUACAGUUUUGUACAGUAAACUAAAUCAAAAUUUUCGACCGAUAGAAUUUUGAAAUACUGCUUUAUAAUACUAUUAAAUUAAUAAUUAGUGAAAUUCGAUAAAGUGUGGAUUUUAUCAAAAACACUUGAAGUUUACUCUUAAGAAAUCACGUUUUUAUUUAAUCGCUAGCUUGUAUUAAAGCCUAGUCUUAUAUCCUAAAAUUCAGUAUACUAAACCAAAUAAUGUUCCAAACUAUUUAUCAGAAAAUAAUUUAAGUGAUUUUUCACAUUUAAUAACCGAUUUUUAUAAACCAAAUGAACUAGUUAUAAGUAAAUGAUACAGGUCGAAAUUUUAUCAAAAGCACGAGAUCGUGUAAGUCAAUCACUGUAUAAAUUGUAUGAAUUGUAAUAAUUAGAAACAUUUUAUUAUAUUUGUAAAUACUGACAUUUGUAUAGAAAAUAUUUAAUUGAGUAAAGAUAAUGAAUAGAAUUACCAUUUAGAUAAAUGAAAGUUGGAAAAAUCAUAAUAUAAAAAAUGAAGAUUUAUGUAAAAUAAUUUUUAAUGAAUGUUAUUGUCUGUAAAUCAUCAUACAAACUUCGAUGUAUAAUAAGCGUAAAAUUAAA